AUGAAUUUUACUUCAGCCUUAUGUGGCUACAUAUGGCACACCUGCGAUAAUUCCUCAGCUUUCACCGAUGGCAGCACUUAUUCCACUAAUUUGAAUCUGGUUAUCAACGAUCUGUUUCUUAACGCACCUCAAAAUUUAGGGUUUAACACUUCUUCCCAUGGCCAAUCUACCAAUAAGGUCUAUGGUCUGCUGCAGUGUACUGGAAAUAUACCGGCAGUGAGAUGCUCAAACUGUCUUGCGGAAGCCAAUAGCAUUAUUCAAAACCGUUGUGCCAACGACAUAGGUGGGCGAAUAUGGUUGGAUGACUGCUUCCUCCGCUAUAACAACUCUAAUUUCAUUUCAACACUAGAUACUCAUGGAGUUAUCGUGGUGAACAAGAAUCAUAUAGUCGGGGAGGCUUUCAGGUCCACGACCAGUGAGCUUCUGUCGAAUCUGUCAAAUAGAGCUUACAUCUCUGCAAAUAAGGGAUUCGCUACUGGAUAG